AUGGGCAGAAAACUCGAACUGCUCCUCUCUUUCUCCGUACUUUUCCUGGCGUCCGCGGAGCCACAAAAGAAUCCUCACGGCUCGGAUAUUAUCAACGAAAAUGCGGAUUUUGGAACUCCGGAGCACGACAAUCGGGUGCACACCGAAUUGACCAAAUUGGUACGUUUCGAGGACAAACGUGUUUCCGACCAUCCAUUAGUAAUCAUAAUCGUACAAAGAUUUGGUGUUCGAUCUAUAAUGGCCAAACAGUGGGAGAAGAAGGAAGUGGGAAAAAUAAAUCUUGCUUCUAAAUAGAAACAAACAAGAAGGAACUUGAUAAUUUGGUUCCUGGUAUUAUCGUUAACAGUUUAGAUACUGUAGCUUCAAACAUUCUGGGAAACUUUGAGCAUUCCUGAUCCAACAAUAAUUUCCUUCCAGGACGAGAAGGAUGUUGCUCGGUUGAUUGCUGCUGACUACUUCAACGGAAGCGUGUUGCCGUGCGACAACGAGACGGCACCCGGACAAUGGAUGGUGUACUGUAGCGGGCGACUUCUGCAGGCCGUCAUGGCUGUCAAGCUGUACCCGGACUCCAAAACAUUUGUAGAUCAACCAAUGAAAGUGAACAUGACGGGAGAACUAAUCAUGGAAGAAUUUGACAAACGGUUUCCGGGCUCUAUUGAGCAGUAUUCAAAAAAUGAGAUCGGAGAGUUUGUUGACGAAUUUUUCGAUAAAGACGGACAUGAACUCGACGUUUGUGAGCUUCCCGAUUGGAUUCCAAGCCCAUCGAAAAUCAGUCAGAUCUCUGACCCAACUUAUCAUGCUUUUGCUCAAAGACUUCACUUCGUCUGGAUCCAGUUGUGCCGAAAAAUGAAGCCAGAAGUCAAAGAAGACCCUUCGAGGUUCUCUAUUCUCUAUGUACCGCAUCAAUUUAUUCUUCCCGGGGGUCGAUUCCGCGAAUUUUACUAUUGGGACGCCUACUGGAUCAUCAAGGGUCUCAUCGGAUCUCAGUUAUACUCUACAGCUCGGAAUAUGAUCAGAAACUUUGCCUACAUCAUUGAUAAGCACGGAAUGAUUCCAAACGGAGGAAGAGUUUACUAUCUGCGAAGAUCUCAACCUCCAUUUUUUGCACCAAUGGUCUACGAAUAUUAUUUGGCCACCCAGGACUUGCAGUUCGUCACCGAUAUGAUUCCGGCCAUCGAGAAGGAGUACACAUUCUGGAGCACACGACGAUUGGUCAAUGUGACCGUGGAAGAUGUGCUCAAUGAAACGAUGCACAUGUUCCAGUACAAGACUGAGGCGCAGACUCCGAGACCUGAAAGCUUCCGGGAGGAUGUGCUCAGCGCGGAGCAUUUUGUCAGCAGCGCCCGGAAGCGUCAGUUCUUCCAGGACAUCGGAAGCGCCGCCGAGAGUGGUUGGGACUUUUCGAGUCGGUGGUUCGAGGAACAGACCAAUCUGUCAACUAUUGAGACAACGAACAUCGUGCCGGUGGAUUUGAACGCGUUUAUGUGCUACAACAUGAACAUUCUGCAGUUUUUCUAUCAAUUGACAGGUUUUUCUGGGAGAAUCCAACUUUCUAAUAACUAGUUUUGUUUCAGGAAAUCCUCUGAAGCAACUGGAAUGGGCGGCCCGAUUGCGUGGCUUCCGAGACGCGUUCACCAAGGUUUUCUACGUUCCCUCCAGAAAAGGCUGGUACGACUACAAUAUCCGAACUGGCGAGCAUAACACCGACUUCUUCCCCUCAAAUGCUGCUCCACUCUUUUCUCAAUGCUACGAUCCGUUGAACUCUCAGCUGGCCGUGGAUGUUUACAAUCAGAUGGAGAGCAGUGGGGCUUUUGCGCUUCCAGGUGGAAUCCCUACCAGGUAAGUAAUGUUGGCCUAGAAUAAGGUACAACCUAACCUAUUUCCAGUCUUCACAAAGAAACGCAUCAGCAAUGGGACUAUCCGAACGGCUGGAGCCCUCUGAAUCAUAUGAUCAUCGAAGGCCUUCGCAAGUCCAUCAACCCGACUCUUCAGCAGAAAGCCUUCUGGCUCGCCGAGAAGUGGCUCGAGACAAAUAUGCUCACUUUCAACGCCUCGAACGCAAUGUGGGAGAAAUACGACGUGAAGGAGCCGGAUGCCAAGUUGGCAACGGGCGGUGAAUAUGAAGUUCAAGCCGGAUUCGGAUGGACCAACGGAGCCGCCCUGGAUCUCAUUCUGACAUAUUCCGAUCGACUAAAGUACAAAGGUCCCGUGCUUGAGGAGCUGGUGGGCUCAUCGAGCACUAUAAAGGCGACAACUUAUUUGUCAUCAAAAAAGCUAACGAAUUCCACGUCAUCUUCUCCGGAAUCUUCUACAACUCAUUCUUCGUCUGCCACAACUUCCCGAUCUCCAAUCAUUAUAACAAUCAUUGCGAUUAUCACUUUUUAUACGUUUUAG